GAGGGAGGGGAGCAGAGAGAGCGCGGGCGGGGGCGGCGGGAGGCCAUGCCUCCAGCUGCGAAGGUUGCCGCACAGCUGGAGCCACAGCGGUCACCUGCGCCUCGCCGUCGCCGUCCCCCUUGCGCUCCCGCUGCCCGACCCGCGGCCGGCGGACUGUGCGGAGGGCCCCCGGCGUAGGCGGCGGCGGGUGUGGGCCGAGCCGGUAUUUAUAGCUCUGUGACAGCAGCCACGGCAGAGACGCCGCCUGUCUGUCUCGCCGCGCUUCCCAGCGAGGCCGUGGGCGCCCGGCAGGGCUGUGCUUGACCGUGUCCCGGGCGUGCAGGCGCCCCGAGCCCGCGCGGCCCCCUCCGGCAAACCACGGAACUGAAGUUUUGAAGGAUGGGUAAAGACUUUCGUUAUUAUUUCCAGCAUCCCUGGUCUCGCAUGAUUGUGGCUUACUUGGUCAUCUUCUUUAACUUCUUAAUAUUUGCGGAGGACCCGGUUUCUCAUAGCCAAACAGAAGCCAAUGUUAUUGUUGUCGGAAACUGUUUUUCAUUUGUAACAAAUAAAUACCCAAGAGGAGUUGGCUGGAGGCUUCUGAAGGUGCUCCUGUGGCUGCUCGCCAUUCUCACGGGACUGAUCGCUGGCAAGUUUCUGUUCCACCAGCGUUUGUUUGGUCAGUUGCUCCGGUUAAAAAUGUUUCGAGAAGACCACGGGUCGUGGAUGACGAUGUUCUUCAGCACAAUUCUCUUUCUCUUCAUAUUUUCUCACAUAUACAACACGAUUCUUCUAAUGGAUGGGAACAUGGGAGCAUAUAUCAUUACAGACUAUAUGGGCAUCCGCAAUGAGAGUUUCAUGAAAUUAGCUGCUGUAGGGACCUGGAUGGGGGACUUUGUCACAGCUUGGAUGGUCACCGAUAUGAUGCUUCAGGACAAACCCUACCCUGACUGGGGGAAAUCUGCAAGAGCUUUCUGGAAGAAGGGAAAUGUUAGGAUCAUUUUAUUCUGGACGGUUCUGUUCACUCUGACUUCUGUGGUUGUCCUCGUCAUUACAACUGACUGGAUCAGCUGGGACAAGCUGAAUCGGGGUUUUUUGCCCAGUGAUGAGGUUUCCAGAGCUUUCCUGGCUUCUUUCAUUUUGGUCUUUGACCUCCUUAUUGUAAUGCAGGACUGGGAAUUCCCGCAUUUCAUGGGAGACGUGGAUGUAAAUCUCCCUGGGUUGCAUACACCUCACAUGCAGUUCAAGAUUCCUUUCUUCCAGAAGAUCUUCAAGGAGGAAUAUCACAUUCACAUAACAGGUAAAUGGUUUAACUAUGGAAUUAUCUUUCUCGUCUUGAUUUUGGAUCUUAAUAUGUGGAAGAACCAGAUAUUUUAUAAGCCUCAUGAAUAUGGACAGUAUAUUGGCCCAGGGCAGAAGAUAUAUACAGUGAAAGACUCAGAAAGUUUAAAGGAUUUGAACAGAACCAAACUAUCCUGGGAAUGGAGGUCCAAUCACACUAAUCCUCAGACAAAUAAAACGUAUGUCGAGGGAGACAUGUUCUUACACAGCAGGUUCACAGGGGCUAGCCUUGAUGUCAAGUGUCUGGCAUUCGUUCCAAGUUUGAUAGCAUUUGUGUGGUUUGGAUUCUUCAUUUGGUUCUUUGGGCGGUUUUUGAAAAACGAGCAAGGCAUGGAGAAUCAAGACAAGACUUAUACUCGCAUGAAAAGAAAAUCCCCAUCGGAACAUAGCAAAGACAUGGGCAUCACUCGAGAAAACACCCAGGCCUCAGUGGAAGACCCUUUGAACGACCCUCCUUUGGUUUGCAUCAGGUCCGACUUCAACGAGAUUGUCUACAAGUCCUCCCAUCUAACAUCGGAAAACUUGAACUCACACUUGAACGAGCCUACCAACACAACAGAAGCUGCCCCUGAUCCAACGACUUCCAAAAGUACACCCACGAACUAGACUCAUUUACUUGGAGAGAGCACAAAAAGCAACCCUGAGUGUAACUUUAAGAAGUUUGUCUUUCCUUUUGUAAAUGUAAGGUUUACUUUGUGUUAGGUAGAGAAAUACAAACAAUGCCACAACGGUGCUCAACAUGCUUUUCUAGGACUCAUUGUUUUCUAUUUGUAUUAUGAUACACGUGCCUACUGUAUAUCUAACAGCCCCCUAGAGAUUGCUUUUCACAAUUGCACAAGCUAUUUACUGACUUUACAGCGUAGUAGAUUAGCUGGUUACCUGUGUAUCUGAUGUUCAACCAUAGUGGUGCCUUGAGACAUUAAACUGUUUUUAACUGUACCAGAAAUGAAGUGUGGAGCAGUUCUCUAAUCUACUUCAAGUGGGGUUUUUUGUACACAAUUAUUUUGAUCUAUAGUUGGUAUCUGAUCAGGAAACAAAUGUAGUCUUGGUGUGGCUCAGGAAGUAUCUCCUGGUUUCUUAUUCAGCAGUGGAGUUGGUGACUUUGAUAGCUGGACUGCAGAGACACAUGGUGAUAACCUUUGAAUUUGUAAUGGCUGUCUGCCAAAUAUAAAUACAGAUGCAAAAUUCCCUAACAGGAGAAUGAUAAUCCAGCAUGGGUCACUACUUGUGAAUCGUGACUUUCUCCAACAAGUAAUUGCAGUUAGCUGAUAAUACUUAAUUAUGUUUUCCUAAUUAAAGAUAAAUUGCUACUUGAUUAAAAAUCCUGCCCUUCACCUUUGGGAACAAAAUUUAAGAGGCACAGUUGGGUGAACUCUGAAAUUUAUUGGCAUUUACACUAAGCCCUAGAAAACCAAGGAACUGAAGUUUUAAUCAUGUGAGGGGAUGCACAACCUACCAUCUACAUUAUUUGUACAUCUUCCUGUAAAUAUGGUUCUGGACGGUGAAAACUGAAAAACAUAUGCCAACCCUGAGCAAGGAAACUCCUCUACAAAUCAUGCAGUGGGAUCUCGUGAGGUAGAAAAGAUCAUGCAUGAGAGACUCUGUUUAGUGGCUUGUUUUGUGUGUAUGUUUUUUUUUAAGAAUUACACAUUUCACAAUAAUAAAUAAGAAAAUUAUAUAUCA